GACUGGUUUUGUGCUCCAGGGUCACAUAUUUAGUUCAAUGUCUCAACAGGCCAGUGUGUAUGACUGGGAUUCAGAGACUCAGGGCUGGAUCCUGGGCUCUUUUUUCUACGGAUACAUACUUACUCAGAUACCAGGUGGCUACUUGGCACGUAAGUAUGGUGCCAAGUGGCUCUUUGGUAUCGGCAUCCUUUGCACUGUGAUCUUCACCCUGCUGACUCCAGUAGCCGCUGAUCUGGGAGCUGGUUACCUCAUCGCUGUCAGGGUGUUGGAAGGCAUUGGGGAGGGAGUGUCAUAUCCUGCUAUGCAUGCGAUGUGGGCAUCAUGGGCACCACCUCUGGAGAGAAGUCGACUACUCACUAUCUCUUACACAGGUGCUCAGCUGGGAACUGUAGUAGCCCUUCCUCUGUCUGGCCAGAUAUGUUUUUACCUAGACUGGACUUACGUCUUUUAUAUAUUUGGAGCUGUUGGACUUCAUUGGUUUGUCCUUUGGGCUUACUUUGUCAGUAACAGUCCCAGCUUACACAAAAGGAUAUCAGAGGAUGAGAAGACCUACAUAAUGGCAUCUUUAAAAAAUGAACUGUCCCCAACCACAGAUUACAUCCCAUGGACAUCAAUUCUCAAGUCUUUGCCAUUAUGGGCCAUAGUUGUGGCACACUUCUCUUACAACUGGACAUUUUACACUCUGCUGACUCUCUUACCCACCUACAUGAAUGAUAUACUCGGAUUCAGCAUCCAGCAGAAUGGAAUGCUCUCGGCUUUGCCCUACCUUGGUUGUUGGUUGCUGGCUUUGCUGGGUGGACAGCUGGCAGACCUCCUGAGAGAGAAAUAUCUUAUCCGCACUGUAAUUGUGCGUAAGGCAUUCACUAUAGUAGGAAUGGUGGGACCAGCCGUCUUCCUCGUGGCUGCUGGCUACACUGGCUGUAACUAUGUCUUGGCUAUAGCCUUCCUCACCCUCUCUUCCUCUCUAGGGGGCGUUUCAGCCUCUGGAUUUAACAUCAACCAUUUGGACAUUGCUCCCUCAUAUGCUGGGAUAUUGCUUGGGAUCACAAACUCAUUUGCCACUAUACCUGGCAUGGUGGGCCCUGUAAUAGCAAGAUCUCUGACCAAAUCUAACACCAUUCCAGAGUGGCAAAUUGUCUUCUACAUCUCUGCCGCAAUCAAUAUAUUUGGAGCUGUUUUCUUCACAAUUUUUGGCAAGGGCACACUCCAGCCUUGGGCUGUCCAGAGAAUACACAUCCGAUGAAACAUGUCAACCAUUAGCCAUUUCCAAAAGGCCGAAGGGAUGAACCUAUUGUAAAUUCUAUAGAGAUCUUAGCAGUAGUUACAUGUGGUGUGCAAACUAAUGAAUAUUGCACAAUCCAAUGUUGUUGUUUUUUAAGCAUACCAACAAACACCAUGAUUUUUGGUAUUUUUUUAUUGGUAAUAUCUGUAUUUGUUAUACAUGUCAGUAGUUUUUCCAGACAAUUUUUUUAAAAUUGUAUUUUAAUUAAUUUUUUAAACAAAGGUGCGAUAAUGAAGGGAAUAAUAAACGUGUAUCUUUAUGGUACAUCCAGUCGUGGUAAGGAGGUAAAAGUUUUGAUCACACGACCACUGUAGUAUAAUUCACUCUUGUGAGCCGAGUCUGUUUAGUGAAUGAAACCCUGUGUGAAUCAACAGUUACUGAAUUAAUCUGACUCGCUUACAAAACCGCAAAUUAACUUGUGAAUUGUUUUGGAGUAUAAGGCUCGUGAGACCCAGUGUCGCUGUAACACAGUAGUAAGAACUAUAUCAAUUUUAUUUCUGAUUUGCUAAAUCUGUUCUGUUGAAAACUGAAAUAAUCUCAUCGUUUGGCUACAAAAAACUAAUAAAAAAUUGCAUUUUCCUCAACUCUAAUAAACUAAUCGUUAAGGAAUUGGAAUAUUUUGUGAUUAAUGUGCCAAUGAAAUAUGCUUUAUUGUUGGCCUAUGAUUAGCACAACAUGCCUUACCCAUGCUCAAGCAACAAGCCUAAAGGGGAAUUAUCGUUUAAAUCAUGUCUAGUUGUUGUGUUUUAGACUUUUUUUGUACACUAUAACUGAUUUAUGUUUACAUUUUCUAUUUCAUUCUGUUUUGUGCAAUCGCUACUAAGUGAAACAAAAUGAAUAAAUC